AUGGAUCCAUUCUCCUUGGCUACCGGUAUCGCGGGAAUUCUCAGUCUUGCGGGGCAAGUCGGUGCAGGUGUCUGGCAGUUCCAGCUCUCAUUCCGAGACGCUCGAGAGACCUGCACAAGUUUGACUCGAGAACUAACCUCUAUCAGCGAUACACUGACUGCAGUGCAGAGGAGGCGAGAUGAUGUCGGUCGAUCGAAGCCAGAUGUGCUCAUGCAUUUGGAACCUUUACUGGAAGAGUUACGGACGGUCUUAGCUGACUUACUAGUCGAAUUUCCCUCCGGCGACGUCAUGACGAUCCGGAAGCGUUUGGUAUGGGCGUCAAAGGGGGAAAAGAUGGUGAAGGAAUGUAUAUCUCGCUUGCAGAGGACUCAAACUCAAUUAGUAUUGAUGUUCGAACUGGACUCGUCUGAAGAACUAUACCAGAUCAAGGAAGUCGUGAACAGCAUCCAGUCAGAGCAGCACAAGAUCUAUCAAGCACAGUCUAAGGUCGAUCAAGAACGCAUCGUGCAAGAUACAAUAGACUGGCUUGCGCCACUGGACGCGACGAACCGAUUACAGAUUUGCUUAGAGCAGCGUCAUGAACAGACUUGUGGAUGGUUGCUCGAGCACGAACAAUUCAAGGGCUGGAAGAUAGGUUGUAUGCCUUUCAUCUGGCUUAAUGGCAUGGCUGGUGCUGGUAAGACAAUCCUGGCUUCCUUUGUCAUACAACACCUCCAGGAAGUCAAGAGGCCCAACGAUGUGCUUGCCUAUGCAUAUUGUGAUUUCCGCACGUCGGAGGGUACGGACCCUGCUUCCAUCUUGCGCACACUCUUCGCCCAGUUGCUCGCAGAUUUUCCCGGAAGUAUCCGAGACGAGUUUGAGGAUCUGAUCCAGUGUCGCGUCCGCAAACAGGGUCCACCUUCGUCCUUAAAGCGUCUUGUCGAUUUGAUUCACACAGCUGUCAAGCCUUGGAAGCGUGCGUUCUUGGUCAUAGAUGCAUUAGACGAGGCGCGUGACAGGCAGAAACUGCUGGAGGUUGUCUUGACGCUUGGAUCGUCCAGCAUGAUCUCGCUCUUCGUGACUAGUCGCAGAGAGAAUGGCAUCUUUCAAAUAUUUGGAAAACUACCCUCGGUCUCCUUAAACGACGAGCUCCAGCAGGUUCAAGGCGAUAUCGACUUAAUGGUUGCCCAUGAAAUCGCUUCUCGUCCACAGCUUUCCAGAUUGAGAGAACCCCUGAAGACCGAUAUAUCCGACGCGUUGAAGGCGAAAGCGAACGGGAUGUUCCGAUGGGUUCAAUGCCAGCUCGACUUCUUAUGCACUCGAAAGACGCUUCGAGGCAUGCAAAAUGCGAUACACGAUCUACCUGCUGACUUGGCAGCUACGUAUGACCGGAUCCUCCAAGGCAUCGAGGACGCUGGCGACGAGACGAUUGCAAUCGCUAGAAAAACUCUUACAUGGGUCGUUGGUGCCGCUUAUUCGCUUCGUCUUGACGAAAUUGCAGAAGCAAUUAUGCUGUCCCCCGGAUGUUCUGCGUACGAUGAAGACGCCGAACUCAUCGAUGCUACUAUGCUCUUGGACAUAUGCAGCAGUCUGCUCUAUUAUGAGCCGCUCAGCGGUUUUGUCACAAUCGCCCACUUUUCAGUCCAGGAAUAUCUAUUGUCAGAUUAUCUGGUCCAUAGCUCCCUCGUGAAGUAUCAUCUUUCCUCGACCACAGAAGUCCAUCGAUACCUCGCUAUGUGCCUCAUAUCAUACCUCUGCUUCAAUGACUUUAAUGUCAUAUGCAGUACGGUAGAAAACCUACGAGAACUAUGCAGUAGAAUGCCCUUGCUAUCCUAUGCAGCAGAUCACUGGGCAACUCACACCAUGCUCGUUGAUCAUGAGGACGAGGAUCUUUUUUCGCUUCUUCAGGAAUUCGCUCUCGACAAAAAGUACAGAGUCAACCACUUCCUCAGCUUCCAGGCAUACCAGAUGUUGCAGAGCGGCAAAUUCUACCUCUUUCAGCGUGACCCUGAUCGCCCCAACAUCCCUUCAUUUGCAGGAGGAUGUGAUCCCAUCUGGUCCUUUGUUCAUAAAACAGGUCACACCUGGCCUCUCCGUCGUCUUCUCCAGAGGAAACCUGAGCUCAAAGACCAUGUCACCAUGGACACAACUCUGUUGAUGUCUGCCUGUCGCUGGAAAAAGAUCGCAGCCGCCCGAGUUUUGUUAGAGGCUGGCGCAGAGGUCAAUAUGCUACAUCACGGAGCCGCCGAUUUUGUGUAUAGGAACCUAAUACUGGUAUCUCCUUUGAUCGUGUCGUGUUACUACUUUGACAAAGACAUCGCCGACCUUCUUAUCGCUUAUGGUGGGGACGUCAAUAUGGGCACACAAGGCCAAUGGAAUUGCCUUUGUGCCGCGGUUUAUGGGGGAUUCUUUGAGGCGGUGCAGUUUGCUGUUGAAGCACAUUGUGACUUGGAUGUCAGGACUGACUCAGGAAAGACUGCCUUAGGGAUCGCGAUAGAGGGGCACUCGCAUAAGAUCGCGUCUUAUCUCAUUGAGCACGGGGCAUCCGUGGAACAAGCGGUCAAGCAUCUGACUGUUGAAGACCUGAACUGGGCGAAGGAAAUGCCGUGGUAUGCGCAACUUAUGUCCGCGAUGAAGUCUGGCCAUCACGAUUUAGUGGCAGAGGGCGGCCUAGGUGCAGAGGAUGUGCAGUCGAUUCUGAUCAUUCUCCGACUCCGCCUACGACUGCCCAUGCCAGUCUCCAGAAUGAUCCUUGACCUUGCCGAGUAUUGGGUCGCUACCACCGUCUAUCGCAGCGCUCAUGUCGCUGUCACGGCUCAAAAUGGUUUGAACAAUGUCCCUUACGUCUCCGCUGUUGUAGAAGGAAAUCAAAAGUAUCCUUUACGUCGAAUCACUUUUGUCAUGGUGUCGCAUGAUCAAGGAUGGAGCGACUACCCUGGGGACCAUGGUACUUAUAGAAGCUCUAACACCUGGUUUGAGGCCAGAACCACCAAUAACCCCAUGGCGGUCUACAUCCAAGAGAACGUGCAUGCUUCACAAGAGAGCCAUGUCCAUACACAAGUUUGGAGCUACGAUCAACAAGAUGUACAGCAGUCUCGAUGGCUGCGGAGCAUAGAGCGUGGAGAUCGUUUGGAAGUAUAUGCGAGAGCUCAGUACAACGGCUGGGUCAAUAAUGUCGAGAGCGUCCGAAUCAUUUUGGAAUGGGCAGUAUGA